AUGCAUCGAUCCACGCGCGCGAUCGCGCUGUGCCUCGUCGUCGUCCUCGCGUGCGCGCCCGCCGCGCACGCGCGAAAGCAGCGCGGCGACGAGAAGGAACGCGAGCGCGACGAGUUGCGGGACCAAGAGGCUCGCGUCGGCUCCACCGAGAGGCGAGGCGCGGUAGUCGAGACGGACCACCCGUCGCCGACGCCGCAAGGAAAAUGGUGGGGAUACUGGGGAUACUGGGGAUACUGGGGGUCCACCUACAAGUGGAACUACGCGUGGUCGUACCCGUACUACUGCGGUGCGCUUCGCGGCGCCUCUUCUCCUUCCUCCCUGUCUUCGCACACUUCCUUCUGUUUCUUCUUUCUCCGUUCCACGCUCACGCGCUCCUCCGCUCGCGAAGACUAUUACGGGUACGGCGGAUGGUACCGCGCCGCGGACAUCAUCAGCGACGCGAACGCGACGACGUCCGAGCUCGCGGAAGCGCGCGCCAUCUCGCGGCAGAUCAACGCCGCGCGCGCGACGCGACGCGCCGCGCUCGGGUGCGUCGACUGGCUCGGCGUGGACGAAGAGAAAAUUUCCUCCGCGCCGAAAGAGCUCGCGGUCGUGGACGACGCGUGCUGCUACCCGUCCGGAUGCGCGCUCGCGGAGAGCAGCGGGUGCGUCGCGGACGGCGCCGCGUGCUGCGUCCCGGACAGCACUCGGGAAGAGGGGAAGUGUUAG